AUGGUUCUGACUCUCGUCCACGAGCAUUACCAAUUCAUUAAGGAAGGAUUCUUGCCAGAGCCAAAGGUUGGACACCCAGUUGGCAUCCUUUGUCCCGAAUGCUCGACCCCUCUACGUUACUUUGCGGCAAGAGAGGAUGCGUGGACGAUCUAUUGCCCACAACGUCCCAGAAAUGAGCACAACUGGCGCACUUUUCGAUGCGACCAAUUCAAUCACAAACGGGCAUUGAUCAACGCGGGAGCUCCCCGUCCAAUUGUAUCUUCUGAGUCUGACUGGGGCCCACGAAUAUCACCAUCCGGGGUCCAUCUAGGCCCCAAACCGGCACCCACCACUUCAAAGAGCAACGGCUCUGUUUCUCGAGGAAAGAGAAACGGCUCUACCAAUUGCCUAGCUGCACUCCUCAACCCUAUUGGCAGCAAGGGUCACCCGUUUUUAGGUCAAAACCCACCCAUUCCUCCUAUCGAACAUCCUCAGGUUGAAUCCCAAGCAGGCCCAGUACGAGCCAAAGUCCAGUACCCUUGCCAGCGACCAUCACGCGGGCCUGUGGCCCGUAACCACCGCACGACCGGCAACAAAGGUUGCCCUUACCAGUACUGCCAAUCGUGUUGCCUUGAAUACGGUUUAGGGGCAUGUUCGAAGCAUACUCGUGCCUCUGGUUCCCACUCCGCCACGGCGCCUAAAGAAACGCUCCCUACUCGUCAUCCACCAUCGUUCCCCGCGGGUAGCACGUCAUCCGCUGCUAGCACAUCGGCUCAACCAACCCCUGCAAUAGGACGAGCACGGUCUGGUGGUCGCAUUCACCAAUGGGCCCAAUCACCUAACACCAUGGGACGCGAGCUGAGCACGACAAUGGUUGCAAACAUGCAGAACGACCGCCGCGAGCGAUAUGAGGCAGUUGAACGUCAGAUAGCCAACAAAUACGAUGAGGCAAAAGUGGUAACGAUCCUCCUAUGGCUCGAUGACCUACGUGGAAUUGAGCCCUUUUGUUCUGGGAUGACCAGAUCAACUCAUGGGUACCCCAAAUACGUCAAAGUCGUCGUUGUAAGGUCGGCACUUGUGGAUCCUCGCACUCCAGGCUUGCCACAAUCCAAGGGCAGGCCAAGAUCUACCGCCGUGGUCAAGAAUCCACUUGAAGAGACCUCCACCUCGAAAGCGCCCUCCACCUCGACCUCAAAAGCGCCCUCCACCUCGAAUUCCUCACUGCGAGCCAGUUCUCCGCCUUUUUUGCGAGCGACUUCUCAACCUCCACGAGCCAGCUCUCCCCCAUCAUCGGAUGAUGAUGAAGUGGUUGUGGUUAAAUUGUAUCUGACUCACAGCGCAGAUGCCAAACGGUCCAGCUCACCUGACGAGAUUGAGGUAGUCAAGAAUACGAUUGUCACCAGUUCAGUGAAAGUCAAAAGUGAACCGUCAGAGGAGCUCCCAGAUUUUGACCCAUUCAACGAGACACCCCGGGAAGAUCACAUAUCGGGUGACGUCACUGGAACAACUCCGGCUUCUACUUCUACCGCUUCUCCAGUUUUGACAAACCCUGGGCAAGUAUUGAAGAGAAAGUGGCCCGGGAGGCCUUCGAAGGUGCUUGUUUCCACGCUCCUUGCGUGGUACAAGGAAUGCAUGGAAGGAGGUUUGGGGCAACGAGUGGGUAUUCGUGCAGUCCACUGUGUAUAG